AGCAAGUCAUUGCAGUGCUUCCUGCUUGAGCUGGGUUUAUAUCAAUGUUUGCAUUGUACGGGUUAUGAGCGUUGAUAUACAAAUCAAGACAUUUGUUCGUUCGUUUCGAAACAAAUUAACGGAUAUCAGUGUUUAUUUAUUUUAAAAGUCUGUGCCAUAACUCAAUUCGCUGAUAUAUAGGCGCCAUGUUACGAAACAUCGGAAAUGUCGCCUGCUUCAUCGUCGUCCUCAUGACGUCACACCACGUGACCGGACAGUCGCAUGACGUGGCACAGUUUAACAGAAGGCUAACGAUAAUCAAGAAUUCCGUUGAAUACGAUAUCGCCGACAUCCGGCUCGAGGUCAAGGAACUGAAGAUGAUUGUCGAGCAGAUUGUUGGCGGUCAGAGUAACACUAGCGAUGGAUCCGUUAUUGGCCAGGGAAUGACAGAUCUUAAUCAAAGGGAGAUUACAGAUCUCAAGAAUAAGUUGAAUGCACAUGAAAGCCGACUGAACAGAUUAUUUAGUUCUGUCAACGAAAUUCAAGAUGAAAAUACGGCGCUUAAAAAUAAAGUAAACCAAUUUUUUGAGGAAAAGGAAAAUGGCGUUAAAACUGAACUUCUCAAAUUAAACGCAGGGAUUGAAACAAAAUUCGACGACAUAGUCAACGUUCUUCAAAUAAAGUUUGAAGAAACCACAGCGGCGAUGAUGAAAGGUUACAAGGACCUGAAGACGCACGUGAACGUGAAAGUCUCUGUGGUCGAUCAAAUAAAUAAUCUUGCCCAGUCAGUUAUAUCCGAACAAAACAAACUGAGUUCGAGGCUUGACCAGGCAGUGAAGAAGCUCGAAGUCAACGAAUUGGUCGAGAAAAGGGAAAGAAAGGAAUUGAUCAACAACUUAAAAGCUGAACUUCUCCUGUUGAAUGCAGGCGUUGAAACGAAAAUCGACGACAGAGUCAACGCUCUUCAAAAGAGGUUUGAAGAAUCCACAACGGCGAAUUUGGCAGGUUACAAAUAUCUGGAAACGCACAUGUCCGUUCAAAUGAAAAAUCUUACCCAGUCGGUGAUCUCCGAACAAAACAAACUGAGUGCGAGGAUGGACCAGGCGGAUGCGCAUAUCGUAAGAAUGAAAGCAAAGACUGACAAGUGCUGCAUAGAUUGCGGUGACCCAACACCAGACCAUGGUACAGUAAACACCACAGCAACAACAUUUGGAACUGUUGUUAAAAUAGCAUGCAAUCACGGUUACGUACUGAGCGGAGCAAACAUCGCCAAAUGCAACGCAGACUCUGUCUGGUCUGAUUCAGCCACGUGUAACCUAUAUGACUGCGGUAACGCUUCCCCAGCCAAUGGUGUAGCCACAGCUCCGAAUGGCACUACCUACCAGAAGCAGGCUAAUGUGCAGUGUAACCCAGGGUACGCACUAAACGGCUCGUCAUUGAUAGAGUGCAGUGCAACCGGCUGGAAUGACUCUGUUCAAUGUGUUAUACAAAAUUGCGGUGACCCAACACCAGACCAUGGUACAGUAAACACCACAGCAACAACAUUUGGAACUGUUGUUAAAAUAGCAUGCAAUCACGGUUACGUACUGAGCGGAGCAAACAUCGCCAAAUGCAACGCAGACUCUGUCUGGUCUGAUUCAGCCACGUGUAACCCAUAUGACUGCGGGAACGCUUCCCUAGCCAAUGGUGUAGCCACAGCUCCGAAAGGCACUACCUACCAGAAGCAGGCUUAUGUGCAGUGUAACCCAGGGUACGCACUAAACGGCUCGUCAUUGAUAGAGUGCAGUGCAACCGGCUGGAAUGACACUGUUCAAUGUGUUAUACAAAAUUGCGGUGACCCAACACCAGACCAUGGUACAGUAAACACCACAGCAACAACAUUUGGAACUGUUGUUAAAAUAGCAUGCAAUCACGGUUACGUACUGAGCGGAGCAAACAUCGCCAAAUGCAACGCAGACUCUGUCUGGUCUGAUUCAGCCACGUGUAACCCAUAUGACUGCGGUAACGCUUCCCCAGCCAAUGGUGUAGCCACAGCUCCGAAAGGCACUACCUACCAGAAGCAGGCUUAUGUGCAGUGUAACCCAGGGUACGCACUAAACGGCUCGUCAUUGAUAGAGUGCAGUGCAGCCGGCUGGAAUGACUCUGUUCAAUGUGUUAUACAAACCAUGUGUGACGCCAAGCCGGAUUGUAGUGAUGGAGCAGACGAACUGAACUGCAAGACUUGUGAUCCCUUGCUCAAACCGAUCAAUGGGAAUGUUGCGUUUGGCAAUAUCACUGCAAGAUUCACGUUCGAUGCUCCGCACUGUUUUGACAAAAAUAAGACCCAUGUGUGUAACAAAGGCCAAUUUGACGACACAAACACCAUUUUCCUUGAAGGAUUGAGAGAGUGUUUCACUGAUGAAUAUUUGGUCAAAAAUGAUUCCACUUUGUCCGUUUCGUCUCAAUGGAAUCAGAAUGAGACCGAUAUGUUUGGGGCUGACCAGGGGCGCCUUAAUUCCACGGAAACGGGAGAGGGAACAUCAUUCAGAGCAGGGAUAUGGGCGGCAGGUGUUGCGGAUACAAAUCAGUACAUCCAGGUAAACUUCACAUCUUCGAAAAUAAUCACCGGCAUAGUAACGCGUGGCAGACCCCAAUCCCCGAAACCUCAGAAUGCCCAAUGGGUGAAACAGUACCGAUUCAUGUACAGCAGAGACUGUGAGACCUUCAACACUUACACGCACACGAAUGGAUCAGACAUGUUAUUUGAUGCAAAUGAUGACGGGAAAACCAUACGACCCAAUCAGUUGCCUUGCCCUGUGCUAGCAUUGUGUGCCAGAGUAAAUCCAACACUGUGGCACGGUUAUAUCUCCAUGCAAUUUGACGUCAGAGGUUGCGAUGGACCAAUCUAGAAAUAAAGGGAAAUUGCACGUACAUACUUUUGUUAUAAUGUAUUGCUUGUUUUGAAAGGUGUCUACAACAAUAAGUUCUGAAUCAACAUUGAUUUUUGUUUUUAGCUUCAACUUACCACGCUAUUUAAAAGAAUAUUCAGAACGAAUUACAAGAAAUGCCGAUAUUAUAUAAGUUAAGUGUUAAGGAAGUAUGGCCAUCAUGUUCAACUUACGAGAUAUUAAUUCAUUACAUUUAUUUGUUAACAGGUGUUGAGCAUGCUUUUGGUUAUAGUUAUUCGACAUCUACUAAAAAUUAAAAAGUAAGACGCGAUAAUAAAUUAUUCUUAUUUAAAUUCAACCAUAAUUCAAACCUAAGUACAACAUGAGCAUUUAUAUAAAUCCACAGUAUUUGUUUCACAUUGAGCUAAAGUUUCUACAUGGGAGACGUGCGAUGGUCGUUAGCCGUUUCUGUGGGCUUUAAAAACAACAAUCAUAUAUUAUUUUGCUUGAAUAUAAUACUUGUUACAUUGUAUUUACAGACUUCAUACCAAGCAUGAGCCAUAGUAUUUUCCCAUAUAUUUUUUUAUAAUUAAAACGUGCUUGUCAACUACAUGUUUAUAACUUGUUAUUAUUUAGAUUAUUUAAACACUUAAGUAAACAAUUAUGUAAUAUGUAUUCAUCAGCGGUGAAAUAUUAACACAUGCGGUAGGUUUGCCUCCAAUAAAAUAUAAGUUUCA